AGCUGCUAAUUAUCUAUUUCUCAUCUCUUGUAUCCUCAAAAGUUUUAUUUUGUGCAACUAAUUUUGAUCCAAUAAUACUGUCAAACAGCAUAUAAUAUAAAGUGCGUGCAAUCUUGUAUUAAUACUCGUUGUAGUGACCGACGUACGUAAUCAGCAAAUGAUGGCACGACGCUCUGAGAUAAAGCUUCUGCCAUUGGUGGUGGUGGUGGUGGUGGUGGCAGUGGUGGUGGUGUGCAAUUACGCCGUAUCGUCGUAUGCACACCAAGUCGAGGAGGAGAGAGAGAAAGGCGAAUCAUGGACGGUGUGGGCUAAGGAUAAGAUCCAAGAAGGGCUUGGGUUGAAGCACCAACAAGAAGUUGAUGAUGCUGGUAAGCCUGCUCCUCAGAUAAUCAAAGGCAUUGUUUCUCUGGCAGCCAGAGAAAAGGCAUAUGAAACAGCAAAAGAAGCCUCUCAGAAGGCAAACGAUAAGGCCCAACAAGCUAAACAGACUGCAUCAGAAGCAAGUAAAGAGGCGGCAGACAAGGCCGCAUCGAUGAAGGAUGCAGCCGUUGAGGAGGCACAAACAGUGAAGGACAAGGCCCAACAAUACACCAGAGAUGUCACAAAGAAAGCCUCGGAUGUCAAAGAUGAGGUUGAGCAACAGUCGGAAAUAGCUGGCCAUAAGGCACAAGAGGCGAAGGAGGCAAUGAGCCACAAAGUUGAGGAAGCAAAGGACGCAGCGGCUCGCAAGGCUCAAGAUGCUAAGCAUAUGGCUGGUGAUGUGAAGGACACGGCGAAUGAGCAUUCGAGUUGGGUGAAGGAGAAGGCCAAAGAAGGGUAUGAUGCUGCUAAGAAGAAGGCUGGUGAGACUUUGCGCAGUGCUAAAGAUAAGGCUCAAGAAAAGGCUAGUGAUACGUUGCGUAGUGCUAAAGAGAUGGCUCAAGAGAUGACAGCAACUCGUUAUGUUGAUGAUGAUGAUGCUGAGCUCUAAAUUAAGAGGUCAAUUGUCUUCAAUUCGUUGUAGUGCAGUCAGCAGUUCUAUGUUGAAAUAUAUGGUUUUUAAGCCUUUAGGUGGGUGGUUUUUGUCCAGUUUCGCUUGAGAAAUAUCUUUUCAUCAGUAUUUUUGGUUUUAUAACAUUACAUGUAUAAGUUAU